AUGUUUAAUUUCAUAUUCAAAACUUUGCCUUAUUUGAGGUGUGUGGUUGUAUCAACGUCACCACCUCAGAAACUGCAUUUUCUUCAACACUACCCAUUAUCAUCAUCAUCUCUCAAAUCCGUAUCUGGCACUUCAAAUCAACACUCAUUCACAGUCGAUUACCUUAUCAAAUCAUGUGGGUUUCCUCCGGAAAAGGCUCUCUCAGCCUCCAAGUACAUGAACUUCGAAACCCCAGACAAACCAAACCUUGUUCUCACAUUCUUCAGCAACCAUGGUUUCACCGAAACCCAGAUCUCAGUUAUUAUGAGAAAACUCCCAUUGAUACUCUGGUCCGAUCCCCUGAAAACCCUUUUGCCGAAAAUCGAAUUUUUCCACUCUAAAGGCGUUUCAACCCAAGACAUUGCCAAAAUACUGACUGCAAGACCAGAAAUUUUGAAAACAAGUUUGGAAAAUAAAAUAAUCCCAUCAUACAAUUUCUUCAAGAAGUUGCUCAAGUCUGAAGAAAAAACAAUUGCAGCUAUAAGACGCUUUGCUGACCUGUUGUUGCAUGAUGUUCACAUAUAUGCGGCACCCAAUAUUGAAGCUAUGAGAGAAACCGGUGUGCCCGAAUCCAAUAUUGUGGCAUUCUUGACGAAUCAACCUAGAGCUUUCAUGACUAGUAAGGAUAGGUUUAAGGAGAUUGUGGAGGAAGUAAAGAAAAUGGGUUUUAACCCUGUGAGGAGGACCUUUUUUUUAGCAGUUCAGGCACUGAGGGCAAUGAGUAAAUCAACUUGGGAAAAGAAGGUGGAGGUUUAUAAGAAGUGGGGUUUGUCUGAAGAGGAGAUUUUGGUGGCUUUUCAGAAGCAUCCAGGGUGUAUGUUGGCAUCAGAGGAUAAGAUUAUGGGGUUAAUGAAUUUUUUUGUCAAUAAAAUGGGUUGGGAGUCUUCGUUUUUUGCGAGGCGGCCAGUGCUUAUUUGCUUGAGCAUGGAGAGGAGGAUCAUUCCGAGGUGUUUGGUUUAUCAAAUUCUGUUGUCGAAAGGUUUGCUUAAGAAGAAAUUUAGCUUGUAUAAAAUGUUGGAGUCUCCUGAAAGUUACUUCCUAAAGAAUUAUGUGAAAAACUACGAGGAAGAAGCUCCUGUGCUUUUGAAGUUAUAUCAGGAGAAGUUGAAUCUUUCAAUGUAA